GCGAGCGAGCGCGUGUGGAAUUGAUCAUUAGGAUAUUCUUGCUGUCAGGGCGAUUAUUGAUGGAAUUUGGACAGUGGGGUGUUUAUUAUUUUAUUGUGCCGCAUCAUCUACAGUUACAAUCCUGGCGUUCGUAGAUUUCUAGUGUCCUAAAUUCAACUGAAAUCAUAGAUAGCAGAGAAGAAUCACCCCAUCAGUGCAUGAUGGCAACGCAAACUUGUAGCAGAGAUCAGAGACAGAAAUUACUAAAUUCCACUUGAUGAAGAAUGAAAUGUUUUGAUCUCUUUGACUUCGAGCAGUAAAUCCAGAAUCACAAUCUUCGAUCCGUUUGCCAUUUAUGUUGCUGUUGCACCACUCCUGACAUUUCUGAUCCCAGAGCAGGCUGUGGGUUCUUCGUAAACAGUGUGAAUAUUUGAUGCACCUUUGCAGUACGUCUGUCCUAGUGCCCGACUCACCGAACGUAGCAUCAAAUUUUACCCAAGGUGACAACCAACUCAAGUAGCUCAGUAUUCGGAUAUCAGCCAUUCGCAAAGCACAAAAAUAGGAGACAUAGAGCAAAAAGGACAGACAAUUAGACAAAGUGACACAAUGGUCAACACAGAUAUUUUGAGGGGAGAAGCACUGGUAAUUUUGAAAAACUUCGGACCUGGUGGAAGGCUCUUGGACGGAUAAACAUGAAGCUGUCGCACCUGGUGCAUUAUUGUCCACGUAGUUCAGACCCAGAAAUUGGAGGAAUUGUAUCAAAAUUUUACAUCGGCUUACAUCAUAUAGGAGUGGGUUUAGAUAAUAUCGUGAAGGGCUGUAUCAAAACACAGGAAAAUCUAAACAGAGGUGGCUGAAUAAGUGACGAAAUUAAAUUCAAUAUCCGAAAGAAUGUUUUUUUUAAAAAAGCCAGAAAAUACUGGAGAAUCUCAGCAGGUCUGACAGCAUCUGUGAACAGGGAGCAAAAUUAACUUUUCGAAUCCAAAGACUUCUUCGGACUUGAAGGGAGCGACAACGUAUUGUUUCAAUACUCUUGGCAAGGUGGGAAAGAUGAGUAAGUGCGACGGAUGGUGAGGCAAUCCGGAACUAAAGACAAAGGGUACACUUCUCGUAGCAAGGGAGAGUUUUAUAUGUAAAAUGGACGAGUGGUUCGUUUGAAUUAGAGAAAAAUAGGUCAGUUCUGGUGAAAGCGAAGCCAACAAGAAAUUAGCGAGACACGUUGCGACAGGGCGAGAGAAAUCAAAAUAAACAUUAAGGACAGAGAUCAUUCUCUGAAAUUAAUGAAUUUAACAUCUGAGUUCUGAAGGCUGUAAAGCACCUAAAGGUAGAGCGAAGUGGUGGUUCUCCAGCUUACAUUAAACUUUGCAAGAACACCACAACAGAAAUUCUAAAGAAGCGUCACUGCAUCCAAAACGUUAACUCUGAUUUCUCUCCAAACAUGCUGCUAGACUUGGUGCAAGGUAUUUAGGUCCUACGACGAUAAAUGCCGAAAGUGAAAGAGCGAGAAUUGGGUGGCUUGCUUUAAGUGAGCUGCGGGAAGCGGAAAAGGAGAGCAGCAUUGGCAGAGACACGAAACAGGCGAGUGGAGAUGCCUGGACGACGGGAACGUGGAUUACUAUUGAACAUGGCAAGGAUAAACUGCAUGACUGUAUUGCGUUUCCUAGUUUUGUUGAUUUUAGUAAUAAUGGGUUUGAAGAUGUAUCCAAUAUUCAAAACAAAGCACUUGGACACUCCUGCAAAAGAUAGCUUUUGGAAUAAACGUAGAGGAGCCAUUACACCUAACCAAAAACUGGAACAAGAAGUAAUCCAAACUGUACAGCAGGUAAAAGAAAUCAUAAAAACAGAGGUGCAAGCAAAGACUCGGAAACAGAAGGAUUACGGCAUUUCAGGGAUGAGAAUUGUGCACUUGGACCUCAAAGGUGCGGCACCAAAACUUACAUACUUGCAACAGAUUUUUCCACUUCUGGCGAGCAUCGGGGUCAAUGGUAUACUAAUGGAGUAUGAGGAUAUGUUUCCUUACCAUGACGAACUUGAAAUUCUGAAAUCCACCUAUGCAUUCAGUUCUGCUGAUAUUGACAAGAUCCAACAGAUAGCUGAGAGCAAUAAUUUGGAAAUUAUUCCCUUAAUUCAAACCUUUGGGCACAUGGAGUUCGUUCUCAAGCAUGAUAAAUAUCGGAACCUCAGAGAGGUACAGAAAUAUCCCAAUAGCCUGAAUCCCCAUUUGGCUGGCUCUCUGAUUCUGGUGAAGAAGAUGCUGUCUCAAGUACUUGACAAACAUAGCAAAUCUGGCUGGAUCCACAUAGGAGCUGAUGAGGUUUUUAAUCUUGGAGAAAGUACUGAAUCCAAACAGUGGAUCAACGAACAACGAGGAGACAUUGGAAAGAUAUUCUUGGAUCAUAUAAAGCAACUUGGGAGUUUCGUGGUCAACAAAUAUCCUGGAAUUAAGCUCAUCAUGUGGGAUGAUAUGAUGCGAAAGACUAAUAAGGAAAGAAUCAUUGAAUCUGGUAUAACCGAACAUAUUACCCCAAUGGUGUGGUUCUAUCAUCCAGACUUUAGCAUUGACCAAGUAGAGACAUUACUUUCCAAGUACGUGGACAGUGGAUUCAAGAGUGUCUGGUUUGCAAGUGCCUUUAAAGGUGCAUCGGGUGUUAGCCAGAAUUGGACACCCAUCAAGUUCCACCUGGACAAUCACCUCCGGUGGCUGCAGGUGAUUAAAUCCAUCUCAAAGUUCUCAUCUCUCCGCUUUCAAGGCUUGGCAUUAACAGGCUGGCAAAGGUACGAUCAUUUCUCAACUCUGUGUGAGCUGCUGCCAGUUGCAAUUCCAUCCCUGGUGGUCUGCAUGCAAACUGUGACACAUGGUUCUUUCACGGAGAACGUGAAAACCAAAUCACAGCAGCUUUUGGGAUUUAAAAAUAUUGACCUAGAAAAAAACUUGAGUGAAGGUGAAGGCACAUUUGCAGGAGCUGAGGUUUAUCAAAUGGUUCGUUGGAUUACUCAAAAUCUGAAAUCUGAAGUAACUUCUGUUAUAGAAAAUAACAGUGAAAUCAAAGGCUGGUUCAGUUGCUACAACAGGAAACACCAAUUUGCAAAUCCUCGCAACAUGGAGCAUUUUGGCAGUGAAUUACACAGAGUUCACAAACGGUGGGAAGAGUACUUGGGAAACUUUCGUGCACAGAUGGAAAAUAUUUACUUUCCCGACACUGUGGAGGAAUGGAUGGCAGUGAAUGUGAACUUGUACAUGGACCCGCUUAGGGAACUUGUUAAGGACUAUAAGGAAAUUAUGGCACUAAUGGCUGUGCCGAAACAACAUUAGAAAAUGAACAAGAAACCAAUUCAGGAAUGCACAGCCAUUGGUGGAAAAACUGGAAACGAUACAGCUAAACUAUAUCCAGAAUGACAUAUUUUAACAUGAGAUCCAGGAUCAAAAUGCAACAAAGCACAGAAACAGUGUCCUACUUCAUUGCAUUUUAUUUCAAGUUUGGAAAGAAUCUCCGCUGUUGAUGAUGAGUGGCUUCUUGCUUUUACCGGUUCUGGAUUUGAUUUGUGUGCAUACUGCAGGACUGAAAUGUUUACAACUCAAGCAAGUUAUAUACCUCUGUCUCACUCUUUCUAUCCAUUCCCACCUGCAAACCAUGUGGCAAAAAAGCAUUACCAGGUAUCAUUAUGACUAACCACUGCUACAAACUCAGCAGGUGACUUCAGAAUUGCAGAAGGAAGCAACUCACUCUAGCUAAGGUAUUUGCAAACAGUGGAAAUGCUGCUUGGAGAAUUCAAAAUGAAUAGGUAAAUCUCUUUUGUCCAGUGACAUGUUUGUUGUCAUUUCUUUCUGAGGAUAUGCUAGUAAUGGAAGAGGACACGUGCUAUUAAUUACUACAUAACAGGGGAAUUGAUUGGUGUGCAGGGGAUUUACCGAGUUAUGAUAUCAUCAUCUUUUGAUUUUUUUUUUAAAAAAAUGUUUAAUAUGCACUUGUCAAUUUCUCCAUUCCAUUUGGCACAAUGGAUUGUAAUAAUUUAAUCAUCUAUGUUGAUUUUAUUUUAGCAAGUUUAUCGUGAGAUCUGUUGAUAUUAAUUGUGUUCUCUGCUGCUUUUUUGUGGUUUAAAUCACUUUUGAUAACUGGUUGCUUAUUUAUAUUUAGUUAAUAAUUUUAUAUUAAAUAAUGAUGAAUGGGGUAUAUGGUCUAAGAAGGACUACUCCUUUUAAACUGAGGCUAAAUUACAAAGUGAAAUGAAUUGAGCUGUUCUCUAGAAUAUUCAUGCAGCUCAGUAGCAGUUAUCAGAGAGGGAUCAUCUGCAAGAGAUACAAAGUAUGAACAAUAUGAGGGAUUCUUAUUUCAGGAAUGUAGACAAAGUUUAGAUUAAAACAAGCAAUUCAAGAGUCCAGGCUCUAAGAGAGACUGUUUGUUUCUUUCAAAUAUACAUAAGUGACCUUUUGUAGAACUGGUAUUGCCAUUUGCACUGAAUACCUAAGUGACUUUGUAAGAUGCUGGUGGAUACAUUUGAUGUUUUGACUCUUCUACAGCUCUCCCAAAUUCCAACCUACAACUUGUAAAGUUGUAGUUUCAGGUCACACUACUGGUCACUUUUUAAACUGCUUUAAAAGCUCUCGCCUGCAAAAAUCACUGUGGGAUACAACCAGCAGAAAGGAUGAACUGUCAAGUAGACAAUAAAAAGUGAAACAAGGGAAUUUUUUUUUAGUGGAGAAAAUACUGCAUUGCAUGAAAAUGUUCUAAAGAAUAAAUGUCAAUGCUAGCAUUGGAACAAUACCCAGCUAAUGUCAUAGUUCAAUUUCUCUCAGCCUAGCCCAAAGAUGGAACAGACCAGAUGUGCUGGUCUCCCAGAUCAGCCUUGGCUACUUCCUAAGGCCUGCUCAGAUAUAAAAGUAAUUUAUUUUGAAGUUCUAAGUUAGCUUUGCUUUUAAAUAGUCAGAGAAAAUGAAUGGACCACUAAUUGCAUACCCAGCAGCUGAUAUAUCUCCCAGGCUUUUUUUUUUAAACCACUUUCAACUAAACAAUGAACUUUUUUUCAACUCCAUUCUGGUCAAGGAUUAGCAGUGAUAGUUUUUUUUUCUCCUGGUUAACAAACUUGUUGCUACCUGGGUGGAAUUUUUAGUGAGAAAGCGAGAAGAGAAUUGCAGGGCAAUGGAGGAAUGGAACUAAUUUGGAUAAUUCUGCCAAAGAACAUAGAGUGAAACCUGUCCUUCUGUGCAAUGCAACCAGUGAUACAUAAGAAUGACUCUGACACCUGAUGGACUAUAUUUGAAAUGAUCUAAUUUCACAGUGAGGAACCAUUUGGUUUUCUGUUUUACACUCUUUCUAACACAACAGUUAAAUCUUAUUCAUACCACAAUCAAAAUUCGUAUCUCCAUUUAAACAUCCCCUAUUACUAAUAAGACAGUGGGAGCACCUUCUUCUAACAGUGCAGCAUAAUUUCAGAUCAGUUCCUCACACCAACAGCGUAAGUAAAGCAGACAUAGACUGCACACUUCUGGCAUCCUAUGUGUUAACUCAAACUUAUUAUAAUUACACAGCUUUUCCUGAGGCUCUUCCCAACUGUCUGCAGCACUAACUACAAAACUGAUUUCAUUAAGAGCUUUCGUCUCACAAGAAAGCUUCAGAUUAUUCCAUCAUGCUAAAACCCACUCAAAGCUGUGUUCGCAUUUCGACAGAUGAGAAAUUCCACCAUACCAGCUGAAAUAAAUUCACGUUUCAAAACUAACCAAGCCAUAGAAUGGUUGAAAAGAUCAAAUUGCACUAUUUCAGUGUUAAAUGGUACCUUUUAAAAAAAAAACUAUAGGUUCUGAAUCUGCAUCAUUGCCAAAAAUAAAGUUCUUUCUUGAGGCAUAUUUUGUGGACAAAAUUUCACUGAAAUCCAUCCAUUUGUUUGAGAUAUAUCAUUUAUUUAUGACAAAUGUGAACAAAAAUAUUACCUCUGCCCAUUUUUGAUGUAGAAGUAACGAGAGUGACUAGUCACACCUGGUUUCAGUAUGGCUCAGUGUUAGUAUUCUCGCCUUAGUAUGGAAAGUGUGGAUUCAAGACCCAUUCCUAAGGACAUAUGAUCCAUAAAAACUGAAAGAACUGCAUAUGCUGUAAAUCAGGCACAAAAGCAGAAGUUGCUGGAAUAGUUCAGCGGGUCUGGCAGCAUCUAUGAAAAAAAAAUCAGUUAAUAUUUCGGAGAUAACAAAGUGUGGAGCUGGAUGAACACAGCAAGCCAAGCAGCAUCUCAGGAGCACAAAAGCUGACGGUUCGGGCCUAGGGUCUAACAUCAGCUUUUGCGCUCCUAAGAUGCCACUUGUGUGUUCACCCACCUCCACACUUUGUUAUCUCGGAUUCUCCAGUAACUGCAGUUCCAAUUAUCUCAGGUAAUACUUCAGGCCCGAAUUCUGAGGAAGAGUCAGCAGACCUGAAACAUUAACUCUGAUUUUCCUUCACAGAUGUCACCAGACCCAUUGAGCUUUUCCAAACAACUUCUGUUUUUGUUCCACAUGUAAUCCAGCCUGUCACCCAGGUGCUGUACGGAGGCUGUUUGAGGCAUUAUUUUUUUCCAUGAAACAUUAAAGUACAUAAUAUUAAAAUACACAUGACACAAUUUCGGAGAAUGGCAAAGCAGUUCUUUCUGGUGUUCUGAUCCAUACUUAUCCUUCAAUAUCACAAAAAUGGAAUAUCCAGUAAUUAGACCAUUAGAUACAGGAGUGAAAGUAAGGCCAUUCAGCCCAUCGAGUCCACUCCACCAUUUAAUCAUGGCUGAUGGGUAUUUCAACUCCACUUACCCGCACUCUCCCCGUAGCCCUUAAUUCCUUGCGAGUUCAAGAAUUUAUCAAUCUCUGCCUUGAAGACAUUUAAAGUCCAGGCCUAAACUGCGCUGUGGCAAUGAAUUCCACAGACCCACCACACUCUGGCUGAAGAAAUGUCUCCUCAUUUCCGUUCUAAAUUGACCCCCUCUAAUUCUAAGGCUGUGCUCAUGGGUCCUAGUCUCCCCGCCUAAGGGAAACAACUUCCCAGCGUCCACCCUUUCUAAGCCAUGCAUUAUCCUGUAAGUUUCUAUUAGAUCUUCCCCCAACCUUCUAAACUCUAAUGAAUACAAUCCCAGGAUCCUCAGCCGUUCGUAUGUUAGGCCUACCGUUCCAGGGAUCAUCCGUGUGAAUCUCCGCUAGACACGCUCCAGUGCCAGUAUGUCCUUCCUGAGGUGUGGGGCCCAAAAUUGGACACAGUAUUCUAAAUGGGGCCUAACUAGUGCUGUAUAAAGUCUCAGAAGCAUGUCGCUGCUUUUAUAUUCCAACCCUCUUGAGAUAAAUGACAACAUUACAUUCGCUUUCUUAAUCACAGACUCAACCUGCAAGUUAACCUUCAGAGAAUCCUGGACUAGCACUCCCAGAUCCCUUUGUACUUCGGCUUUAUGAAUUUUCUGAUCAUUUGGAAAAUAGUCCAUGCCUGUGUUCUUUUUUCCAAAGUGCAAGACCUCGCAUUUGCUCACGUUGAAUUUCAUUAGCUAUUUCCUGGACCACUCUCCGAAACUGUCUAAAUCUUUCUGCAGCCUCCCCACCUCCAUAGUACUACCUACCAGUCCACCUCACUUCAUACCAUCGGCAAACUUCGCCAGAAGCCCCCAGUCCCUUCAUCCAGAUCAUUAAUAUAUAAAGUGAACGGCUGUGGGACACCACUUGUUACCGGUUGCCAUUCCGAAAAAGAGCCUUUGAUCCCAACUCUCUGCCUUCCGGCAGACAGCCAAUCCUCAAUCCAUGCCAGUAGCUCACCUCGAACACCAUGGGCCCUCACCUUACUCAGCAGCCUCCCGUGAGGCACCUUAUCAAAGGCCUUUUGGAAGUCUACACAGAUAACAUAAUUAUCAUAUUGCUGUUUGAGGGAUCUUGCUGUGAUCAAAUUAGCUAUGUUAUUUCCAAUAUUACGAAAAUGACAACAUUUCUAUAGAUAAUAAAAUGUGAGG